CUUGCAUCUUGCAUUCGUUACACAACACGGCAUACUAUCAGAGACAUUACAAAACUGACAAGUACUUAUCGGAUUGACAAUGCUUACAACUCGCAUGCUUGUUCGGUGUGGGACAGAGAACGCGUUGAAGAACAUCGCUACUCCUACCGUGAAAGUGAAACCAGGAUUUGUUGUAAAUCACCUUUACCAAGCACCUGUUCGGCCUAACCUUUACUCUGUAAGAAAUUAUGUUGCCACUAAAGAGGAAGUAGAAGAGCAUGUUAAACAAUACAAAGAAGGGAAAUUUGGGAAAAUACCAGAUCCUGGACACUUAGAACAUUUCAAAACAUCAGAAGCAUUGAAGUCGGUAUCUUCCACAACUGUAGCUACAGCAACUACCAAAGUGAAAGUUGCGGGAAGUACAGCGGACGUAUCUACAGGUUAUCAUCCACCCGUUGGUACCCAUGCACUACCACACCCUAUAUGGUCAAAGGAUGAACUUAAUAAUGUAGAAAUCACUCAUAAACCUCCAGAGGGCUUUGUUGAUAAGAUGGCAUUCUACAGUGUUAAACUGAUGAGGAAAUCUUUUGACCUUUUGACUUUGUUCAACUUUGGUGAAAGAACAGAAAGAAAAUGGGUUUUGCGAAUCUGUUUCUUAGAAACAGUUGCAGGGGUUCCAGGUAUGGUGGCUGCCAUGACACGUCAUCUUCACUCACUAAGGAGACUGGAGAGGGAUCACGGCUGGAUCCAUACACUUUUAGAGGAAGCAGAGAAUGAAAGAAUGCAUCUGAUGACAGCUUUACAGCUGCGACAACCUACCUGGAUGUUUCGGGGUUGUGUUAUAGGAGCUCAAGGUAUAUUUGUGACGUUCUUCAGCUUUGCAUACCUGCUGAGUCCCCGGUUUUGUCACAGAUUUGUAGGCUACCUCGAAGAGGAAGCGGUAGUCACUUACUCAAAGUGUCUCAAGGAUAUCCAAGAUGGACCUAUGAAACAUUGGCAAACCCAAGAGGCACCGGAACUUGCAAUCCGUUACUGGAAACUUGACAAAAAUGCUACAAUGCUCGAUGUGAUUUUGGCUAUAAGAGCAGACGAGGCCCAUCAUCGUGUGGUCAACCAUACGUUAGCAUCACUCAAAGAGGACGACUACAACCCUUACAAGCCUGGCAAGUGAGGGACUACAGCUCUGUCAAAUUUGUCACUCAGUUCCCAGUAGAGUGGACCUCUCCAGGCCCCAGACUCUGAAAUUCUGUGAUUUGAUGUGAAAUUUCUUGUCAAAUUAUGUUUUUGAUAAAUUGCAGGUGUAGGAAAUUUGUUUAACCUGCGUAAGUUGUUGAAGUAUUUCGAGAUGCAUUCACUGUGGAAACAUAGUAGAUAUCCUGCAUUUAGAAUUUUUAUCAAAGACCCAAUAAACAGUCAUUAGCAUUGCAUUUAAGAUGAAGUCUCAGAUUUGAUAUUUCAAUUGUACACAUGUAUUUAGGUGCAUAACUGUGAGUAGUGUGUGCAUGAUGACAUAAUUGUAUGAGGAAGUAGCAUAUAUUUGGUUACAUUUGUACGAGGGCACACAUAUACCGUGGGCACACAUGUACAGUAGGCACACACAUAUACAGUGGGCACACAUGUACAGUGGGCACACACAUAUACAGUGGGCACACAUGUACAGUAGGCACACACAUAUACAGUGGGCACACACAUAUACAGUGGGCACACAUGUACAGUUUGCACACACAUGUAAAGUGGGCACACAUGUACAGUGCACACACAUGUACAGUGGGCACACAUGUACAGUGGUCACACAUGUACAGUAGGCACACACAUAUGCAGUGGGCACACAUGUACAGUGGGCACACACAUAUGCAGUGGGCACACAUGUACAGUACACACACACACAUGUACAGUGGGCACAAACAUGUACAGUGGGCACACACAUGUACAGUGGGCACACAUAUACAGUGGGUACACACAUGUAAAGUGGGCACGCAUGUACAGUGCACACACACACACAUGUACAGUGGGCACACACAUGUACAGUGGUCACACAUAUACAGUUGGCACACACAUGUACAGUGGGCACACACAUGUACAGUGGGCACACACAUGUAAAGUGGGCACAUACAUGUACAAUGCACACACAUGUACAGUGCACACACAUAUGUACAGUGGGCACACAUUUCUUAAAUACUUUGCUAAAAGAAUGAGAGGUUUCUUGCCAAUAGUUCUGCAUUAUCAAUUCCAGUAAAAGUUCUAUCCCAUAUCAGGACCUAGGUUUUAAUUGAUAAUUUGCUCCGAAUUAGUAGGCAGGAAACCAAACAAUCAAUAGAAGUGACUGUUUUCUUGAGUAAUGAGGUUUAGUAGAUGUACUGAGUGGAAUUGCCCUAAUCUUACCGGUGGUUUUGAUAUACCAUCCAUGAUCAAGUCUUGGUUAUUCCACAGUUACAAACUAAACUGAUUGUGUUGAAAAUUAAAGAUAAGUAAAUUUACAUAAUUUAUCUAAAUCUAUCAGAAUGCAUGUAGAUCAUGUUGUUUUGUAUAGAAGUAGACAGUCCCCCUUUACAGUUAGUUUGCCAAUAUCUCAUGUGAUAUACUGUAAAUAUGUUUGUUGGGGUUUUUCCCAGGUUAAGCCAUAUCUUUUGUUAAAUAUAGAAUUAAUAUCUAGUAUUUGGUUACUAUCACUAAAGUGUUUUUUAAAUAUAUAUUAUUGUACAUUUUGGAAUAUUUGUUAUAAUUAUGUUUACAGUGUUACCGAUAAUAUUGAUGAACCAUUUUAGUAUUUCAUCAAGAUUUUGAUAGUUUUAUUAUUUACAUUAGCUGUUUUAUAUCUGUCCU